CAUACCAUCGAUAUGCCAGCACUCGGGUUUGGUACACUGAUUCCCGAUGCGGCAGAAACAAUAACAGCUACCAGGGACGCACUGAAGGCUGGAUUCCGGCACUUCGAUUGCGCAGAACGCUAUCAAAACGAGCGUGAGGUAGGUGAGGCUUUACAAGCCGGACUUGCAGCUGAAGGCCUUAGCCGCGAAGACAUUUUUUUGACCACCAAGUUGUGGAAUACGAAUCAUCGCCCGGAUCGUGUUGAAGCAGCAUUUGAAGCAAGUUUAGACAGACUUGGAAUCAGCUAUCUGGAUCUCUACCUCAUUCAUACUCCAUUUGCAUUUCAGCCAGGAGAGGAGCAGGAUCCGCGUGACGAAAAUGGAAAUGUUAUUUACGACCGUGAAGUGACUUUACUUGACACCUGGAGAGCGAUGGAGCAUCUUGUGGACAGCGGCAAAUGCAGGUCUAUUGGAUUGUCUGACAUUAGUUUGGAAGAACUUUUGCCGAUCUAUGAAUCAGCGAGAAUCAAACCAGCGGUGAUCCAGGUCGAAGCACAUCCUUAUUUGCCUGAAACGGAGCUUUUGGAAUUCUGCAAGGAGAAAGGGAUUGUGUUUUUGGCUUUCGCACCUCUAGGUCACGGAAUAAGACCCGGGCUACUCGAAGACCCGGUUAUUUUGGCAAUUGGUGCACGGAUUGGAAAAACGCCUGCACAGGUAUUGUUAGCCUGGGCAGUUCAACGUGGUACGGCUUUGCUGACCACACCUAAAACUGCAGACCGUGCAAGAGAGAAUUUUGACAUCUCUAGCUUGCCGCAAGAUGCAUUUGAUGAAAUCAAUCGUAUU